GAGGACGGCGAUCCCACACAGUACUCAUGGAAUCGCUCCUGCAGCUCCCCUUCCAGGAGGACCGGCAGCUCACCGAAAUGAUGCGGCUGCGCGUACAGUCGCUGGAGCAGCGCGGCCAGAAGCGGCAGGAAGGCGAGCGGCUGCUCCGGCCCGGCGAGCUCGUGUACCGCCUGGACUUCCCGCAGCAGAACCUGCGCUUUGCGCGCUGGGCCGUGCGGCUGAGCGCGCCGGGACGCCUCACCGUGGUGGCCACGUCGCAGCACUGGACGCCUGACCUGACCCCGCUGAUGACCCGGCAGCUCCUGGAGCCCGCCGGUCUCUUCUGGAGGAGCCCUGGCGACGGGGACGGCGAUGUGCCCAAGUGCUAUGAAGCCGACACCCAGGAGUUCGGCGAGAGGAUAGCAGAGCUCGCCAAGAUCCGCAAGGUCAUGUUCUUCCUGCUCGAGUUCGAGGACGGCGCCGAGCCGGCCACCGUUGACUGCGCCAUCGUGUUCAGGGCUCUGCAGUGAAGGGCGACUCCAGCCCCCGCGGCGGUGCCCUGGUGCCCUGCUGCCUUGCUCCUCCUUCCCGGACCCUUCAUCUGAACACAUUGCAACCGUGAGCCGAGUUCCCGUCCCCCAGCUUGUAGGACGUUGGUCAUUGUUAGCGAGCGUGCAGCAGGCGGCCACUCGGUCUGACGGUAUUUUGUGCAUUUGCUCCGAAUUUAAAGAAAACAUGGAAAUGCCUGUCGUACCAAUUAGUACUUUAGUCUCUCCGAACAUUAUUUCGCUGCUUGUUGCCUAUUGUAUUUCUGAAAUAGUUUGAAAUCAUCGUGUUCAGCAAUAGUGUCAUAGCUGUGGAUACGGUGAAAACACUGAAACGCAGUAUAAUGUUCAUGUACGCUGCUCAAACAAUAAAGGGUUAAUCAUUCAUGGGACAAAAAUUAAAUCCUUUAAGUUAUUUGCUGUUGGUCCAGG